AAUGGUCUGGAAAUUUGACGGAAAAUUUUAACAGUGUUUACAGAUUUGUAAAAUAUUUGCGUUCUAGACUGAAAUAUUCCAAUCUCUAUAACUGUUUAUUGUCUAGAAUAGAAGGACGUCAAACCUCAGGCAAUUCAGUUCAAAGCUGCCAGCAAUGUUCUGGAAAUAGGACAUAGAAUUUUAACAGUGUGUUCAGAUUUUGAAACAUUCUGCGUUGUGGACUGAACUAUUCUAAUCUCCAUUACCGUGGUUAGUUACCAAAGUAUGACAAAAAGUAUGGUCAAAACUUUGGUCAAGAUAAUGUCUAGUUACACUUUGAGCCCGCGUGAAGGAUCUGGAGAAGAUUACUGUAACCUUUGAUGACUAUUUUGCACUGUUUGUGGUAUUAGUCAGUCAGCAGGUAGCCCCGAAUGUUGGAAUUCUGGAUCGUUUGAAAUCACUGAAGAGGACUAAGGAAACUUCCAGUCGAGAGAAUACUGGAAUCCUGUUCUCAAUUGGUGUAAUUUCAGUCGUUCAAUAACAAGAGAGGAUUAUCUUGCAGAAAUUAGAAAUCGGUCACUUGUUUGUGGCGUUUCAUCUUCCUCUUUCAGAGGAACAACAUCAACCAAAAAGGAUUGGAGAAUCUGACUGUUGCAAGCAGUAUAAAGGACUAGUGUCCUCGAUCAAGGAGGACCCGUUGUAUAAGACAAUAGUACAGGAAUAUUUGCUGAAGAUCUUGGAUCUUCCUGGAAACGAAGAUGGCGAAAUGGACUGGCAGAGAGAAAGGCAUGAUGUUUUUGACGGUAGUUUUUCUGAUCGUUGCUGCUGCGCUGGCAGUUGUUCUUGCCUUAAAAUACCAAGAAGAUGAUGACCCGUCGGAGGAAACUAAAGUAAACCUCGUUACCGAGUUUCAAGUCGGGAUCAAAGAAGGUAGCACGGGGCACACAGACGGAGCCUCAUCCCAUAUACUACACACCCUGACAACCAGAUCAAUUCAUCAGGACGACGUGUGCAUGACUCCAGAAUGUGUUAAAACUUCGGCAGAUCUGCUAGACGCAAUGGACCAAUCCAUAGACCCUUGUGAAGACUUCUUCCAAUAUUCUUGUGGUAAAUGGAACCAGAAGCACGUGAUACCAGAGGACAAGUCUGGUUUGUCACGGUUUAACGAGGUCAGAGACGACGUUAAGGCAAAACUCAAAGGAGUCAUAGAAAAAGAUGACGCAUCUGACAUCGACGCCAUCAAGAAAACUAAGAUAUUUUAUCAAUCGUGUAUGAAUGAAAGUUCCAUAGCUAUGAAUAGUAAACCAGAGCUAGACCAAGCUAUCAAUGAGUUGGGUGGUUGGCCAUUACUCCUACCAAAUUGGAAUGAGACCGGCUUCAAUUUGGAGAAGUUGUUAGCUGACUACCUUCUGGUCGGGGGUAAUGGUUUGAUAAGAACGUCCGUACAGCCCGAUGAUAAGGAUACCUCUGAAUACGUGAUUCUGCUCGACCAGGGUCUUCUAUUUAUGGUAUCGAGAAGUUACUAUCUCAAUGGUAGAGAUGAUGUACAUGUACAAGCUUAUGAAAAGUACGUUGUGGAGGUAGCUAAGAAAUUUGGCGCCAAGAGUCCUGAAUCAGACGUCAGAGACGUCAUAGAUUUUGAGAUUCAGAUGGCCAAUCUCACAACUCCAGCUUCGGAAAGAAGAGACACCAAUAAACUAUACCAUAAGAUUGCAAUAAAGUCCCUUAACGUAGACAGCAAUGGGUUUAACUGGAUAAAGUACCUUUUCCUAGCUUUUAAAAACUUCUAUAAUUCAAUGAGCGUAGAAGAAGAGAUUGUAGUCUACGAGCCGGGAUAUUUAAAAAAUGUUAUAGAAUUGGUGAACAAUACGCCUAAAAAGACAGUGGCCAAUUAUAUCAUGAUGAGAUUUGUCCUGUCCAAUAUACAAUAUUUAUCAGAAGAAUUCCGAAUUUUGAAACACGAUUAUAACAAGGUAAUGAGUGGAGCGAAACACGACAGUGCAAGAUGGGGGACUUGCCUUGAUCAUACCCUACAUAUGUUUCCUGUAUCAGGUGGCAGAAUGUUUGUAGAUAAAUAUUUUGACGAAGAGGCGAAAAAGGAGGCUAAAGUAUUAAUCACAAAUAUUCGUCAAUCAUUCAGUGAAAUUAUCAACGAAACAACAUGGAUGGACCAGGAAACAAAAGAUAAAGCUGAGGAAAAGGUAGUAUCGGCAUUGAGAGAGAGAAUCGCCUACCCUGAGUGGAUUAAAGAUAACGACGAGCUAGAUAAAUUCCUAGCUGAGGUAAACGUUUCUGAUAGUCAUCUGUUCCGCAAUGUUCUAGAUAAAACGAAACACAAUGUUGCAACUAAUUUGAAAAAAAUAAAGGAAUCUGUAGACAAAACCAAAUGGUAUCAGAGCGCUGCUAUUGUUAAUGCCUUCUAUGACCCGAGUACAAACUCUAUUACUUUUCCUGCUGGUAUCUUACAACCUCCAUUCUACAACGAACAUUACCCAAGGUCAUUAAUUUAUGGUGGAAUUGGUCUAGUUAUUGGACACGAGAUAACACAUGGUUUUGAUGAUCAGGGUAGUAGACAGUAUGAUAAAGACGGAAAUUUAAAAUCUUGGUGGACGAACAGCUCUUCAGAUAAUUUUAAUGAUCUAGCUCAAUGUAUUAUAGAUCAGUAUUCUAAGUUUACUAUUGGUAAUGAUCAUAUAAAGGGAAAGAACACCCAAGGUGAAAAUAUUGCUGAUAAUGGUGGUAUCCAUGUUGCCUUUAGGGCUUAUCAUAAAUGGUUAGAAAACCAUUCAGAAGAUUUUAAACAGCUUCCAGGCGUAGAGUUAAAACAUGAUCAACUUUUCUUCCUUAAUUUUGCUCAGGGAUGGUGCGGUCUUCGAACGCCGGCAGCACAACAUAACCAAAUAUUAUCAGACCCACACAGCCCCGGUAGAUUCAGGAUAAUAGGUACUCUGUCUAACAGUGAAGAAUUUAGUAAAGCGUACCAAUGUAAACCUGGUAGUAGAAUGAAUCCAGAACAUAAAUGUCGUGUAUGGUAGUGGGCGUGGUCAGAACUAGAUUGUGAGAGGGGGGGGGGGAUUUCAAAUGCAAUAGCGCUGACGAAGCACCGUGUACACAAGCCGCCUUUACAGGGCUUAUUGGGUUUCCCCCCAUAAUAAUAUUUGAAAAAUGAAAUAGGGGUACAAUUGGGCUACAAACUAUUUUUUGAGGGGGUAAAAAAGUUUUAUUUAGUUUUAUUGUAACGAGUUUUAUCUAUCACGUCUCUAGGAGUAAAAUCUGAUAAUGUUAUCUGUUAUAAUGUUAUAAAUACACACAAGAUGAU